AUGGCAGGACUGCUUGAAGGCAGAAUAUCUCUGGUCACCGGGGCGGGUUGGGGUAUCGGCCGGGCGACCUCGUUGGUCAUGGCGCGGGAGGGAGCGACCGUCGUGGUCUCCGAUCUCAACGCCGACGGUGGCGAGGAAACACUGAGCGCCAUCAAGGAGGCCGGCGGGGAUGGCAUUUUCGUCCACGCCGACGUAUCGCGCCCAGACGACGUGGCGGCGUUAGUCGGCCAGGUGGUCGCGGCCUAUGGCAGGCUGGACUGCGCCUACAACAACGCCGGCAUAGAAGGAUACAUGGCGGGCCGUCUGCACGAGUACCCGGAAGAGGAAUGGGACCGGCUGAUCGAUGUCAACGUAAAGGGCGUGUGGCUCUGCCUCAAGCACGAGAUACCACAGAUGAUGCAGCAGGGCGGCGGUGCCAUCGUGAACACCGCAUCGGCUGCGGGGUUGGUCGGUUCGCGGCGCCUGUCUGCGUACGUCGCCAGCAAGCACGCGGUGGUUGGGCUCACCAAGGCUGCUGCCCUCGAAUAUGCCCAGGACGGCAUACGAGUGAACGCCGUGUGUCCUGGCAUCAUCGACACGCCAAUGGUGCGCCGCCUCAUUGGAGGACGAGACGCCGAGUACGAGAACUCAAUUCCUGCUAGGCAGCCCAUCGGGCGACUGGGUACGCCCGAGGAGAUUGCAGAGUCCGUUGCGUGGCUGUGCUCCGACGCCGCUUCGCUGGUCACCGGCCUUGCCAUGGCCGUGGACGGUGGGUUCACCGCGCAAUAG